AUGAUCAAACCACCAUAUAAACAUUCAUUACAUUUAUAUCGUCAUACACUUCGAUAUAUUCGUUCAUCAUCUUUACCUUUUCCUUAUUUACGUUCAAAACUGCAUUACAAUACUCGGGAAUUAUUUGAAAUUUAUCGUGAUGAACAAGAUGAAAAUAAGGAUAUUACUGAAUUAGUCAAUAUUAAGCUAUUAAAAAAUUUUAUUGUUCUUUUAAAUGAACCAUCUGUAAACAACAAGAUAACCGAAAAAAUGGUUGAUAAAGGCAAGCGCAAACUUUAUGAAACUAGUACAGGUACUUCCAGCGCAACAAACAAGAUCAAAAUAAGUGAUUGGUCAUCUUUCAUCACCUCAGAAAAUUACCAAAACACGUUAUCUCGAGUUGACUCGGAAACAUUUAUUGAAGUAGUCACUAAAAGAAUUAAAAAUAUAGAAAACAAGGAUGAUUUGUUAAAUGAUAUUCUUGACUUUGUUCCUGAGAAUGGGUUUAUUGUUGCUAAAUUAAAAUAA